CAGAGGUGCCGAAGAUCUAGACAGAGCUGGAAGAGCUGGGAGAGGGACUAAGAACAGGACCGGACCGCUCCUGAGAGCCGCUCAAGAUCUUUUGGGGGAGCUCAAUACAUGUGAACAUGGGGUCUGUCACCGUCACCGGAGCUGUCCUCAAGAUGCUACUUCUGUUAUCUACUCAAAAUUGGAACAGAGUCAUAGCUGGGAAUUCCUAUGACUGUGAUGCACCCCUGGUGUCCGGCUUGUCUCCGGCUUCAUUCAGCAGUUCAUCCGAGCUCUCCAGCAGCCAUGGCCCUGGAUUUGCAAGGCUAAAUCGCAGAGAGGGAGCUGGUGGUUGGUCUCCACUUGUGUCCAGCAAGUACCAGUGGCUACAGAUUGACCUUGGAGAGAGAAUGGAGAUCACCGCAGUGGCCACCCAAGGGGGCUAUGGAAGCUCUAACUGGGUGACCAGCUACCUCCUGAUGUUCAGUGACAGUGGGAGGAACUGGAAACAGUAUCGGCAAGAGGACAGCAUCUGGGGUUUUUCUGGGAAUGCAAAUGCAGACAGUGUUGUGUACUGUAGACUCCAGCCUUCCAUCAAAGCCAGGUUUCUGCGCUUCAUCCCGGUAGAGUGGAACCCCAAGGGUAGAAUUGGAAUGCGGAUCGAGGCAUUUGGAUGUGCUUAUAGAUCAGAGGUGGUUGAUCUCGAUGGAAAAAGUUCCCUUCUCUACAGAUUGGAUCAGGAAUCACUGAGCCCAGUAAAGGAUAUUAUUUCUUUGAAGUUUAAAACCAUGCAGAGUGAGGGACUCCUCCUCCAUCGGGAAGGGCACAAAGGAGAUCACAUCACCCUGGAACUAAGAAGAGGAAAGCUCUUUUUACUUAUUAAUUCAGGCGAGACAAAAGUGCCCGCCACACACACCUUGAUCAACCUCACCCUGGGCAGCUUGCUGGACGACCAGCACUGGCACUCUGUACUCCUCCAGCGCCUGGGCCAGCAAUUCAACUUCACGGUGGACGAGCACCGGCACCGCUUCCACGCCCAAGGAGAACUCAGCUACCUGGAGCUGGACCAUGAGAUCAGCUUUGGAGGGAUUCCAGCACCUGGAAAAUCAGUGUCAUUUCCCCAUAAACAUUUUCAUGGAUGUUUAGAAAACCUCUAUUAUAAUGGAGUGGACAUUAUUGACUUGGCCAAGCGGCAAAAACCACAGGUCAUCCUGACGGGCAAUGUGUCAUUCUCUUGUUCACAACCGCAGUCUGUGCCUGUGACUUUCCUCAGCCCCAGAAGUUACCUAGCUCUGCCCGGCGCCUCAGGGGAUGAUGAGAUUUCUGCUGCUUUCCAGUUUCGAACCUGGAAUAAGGCAGGACUUCUGCUGUUCAGUGAACUUCAGUUUGCUUCAGGGGGUUUCCUCCUCUUUCUUAGCGAUGGAAAACUCAAGCUUCACCUCUACCAGCCAGGAAAAUUACCCAGUAACAUCACAGCAGGUAGUGGAUUGAAUGACGGGCAGUGGCAUUCUGUCUCUGUUGCUGCCAAGAGGAAUCACCUGAGUGUGGUGGUGGAUGGCCAAGCUGCUUCUGCUGUGCUUUCCCUGGGGCCCGAGCAGGUUUCUUCCAGUGGCACCUACUAUUUUGGAGGUUGUCCUGACAACGGCUUUGGAUCCAAAUGUAAAAAUCCACUUGACGGAUUUCAGGGCUGUAUGAGACUCAUUUCUCUCAGUAACAAGGUGGUAGAUCUGAUUUCAGUUCAGCAAGAGGCCCUUGGGAACUUCAGCGAUCUUCAGAUAGACUCCUGUGGAAUUACAGACAGGUGUUUGCCCAACUAUUGUGAGCACGGUGGUGAGUGCUCCCAGUCCUGGAACACCUUCUACUGCAACUGCGCCAACACUGGCUACCAGGGAGCCACCUGCCACAACUCUCUCUAUGAACAGUCAUGUGAAGCCUAUAAGCACAGAGGAAACACUUCGGGGUUUUAUUAUAUAGAUUCAGACGGAAGUGGCCCCCUGGAGCCCUUUCUCCUGUAUUGCAACAUGACUGAAACGGCCUGGACCAUCCUACAGCACAAUGGCUCUACCCUGACAAGAGUCAGAAAUACUAAUCCAGAGAACCCCUAUGCCGGGUUUUUCGAGUAUGUGGCCAGCAUGGAGCAACUCCAGGCCACAAUUAACCAUGCGGAGCACUGUGAGCAGGAGCUUACCUACUACUGCAAGAGGUCUCGGCUUGUCAGUAAGCAAGAUGGAAUUCCUCUGAGCUGGUGGGUUGGAAGAACUAAUGAAACACAGACCUACUGGGGAGGUUCCUUGCCAGAGCCUCAGAAAUGCACCUGUGGAUUAGAGGGGAACUGCAUUGAUUCUCAAUACUACUGCAACUGUGAUGCUGACCGGAAUGAAUGGACCAAUGACACCGGAUUCCUUUCAUAUAAAGAACAUCUGCCGGUUACCAAGAUAGUGAUCACGGACACGGGUCGGCCGCACUCAGAAGCAGCUUAUAAACUGGGGCCUCUGCUUUGCCAGGGAGACAGGUCAUUUUGGAAUUCAGCUUCUUUCAAUACUGAGGCUUCAUACCUUCAUUUUCCUACUUUUCAUGGAGAGCUUAGUGCUGACGUCUCUUUCUUUUUUAAGACAACAGCUUCAUCUGGGGUGUUUUUAGAGAACCUGGGGAUCACUGAUUUUAUACGCAUAGAGCUCCGCUCUCCAGCAGUAGUGACCUUUUCAUUUGAUGUGGGGAACGGGCCUUUGGAAAUCUCAGUGCAAUCACCUACCCACUUCAACGACAACCAGUGGCACCACGUUCGUGUUGAAAGGAACACAAAGGAGGCGUCGAUUCAAGUGGAUCAGCUCUCACCAAAGACGCAGCCUGCCCCUGCUGACGGGCAUGUCCUUUUACAGCUCAACAGUCAACUCUUUGUGGGUGGAACAGCCACACGGCAGAGAGGCUUCCUGGGGUGUAUCCGAGCUCUGCAAUUGAACGGAAUGGCCCUGGACCUGGAGGGGAGAGCCAAGGUCACGCCCGGCGUGGAGCCAGGGUGCCGAGGGCAUUGCAGCAGCUAUGGGAAGCUGUGCCGAAAUGGGGGCCAAUGCAGAGAAAAGCCCAGAGGCUUCUCCUGUGACUGCACUUUCUCUGCUUAUGCUGGGCCGUUCUGCUCUGAUGAGAUUUCUGCAUAUUUUGGAUCUGGCUCAUCUGUGAUUUACAAUUUUCAAGAAAAUUAUUCCUUAAGUAAAAAUUCCAGCUCCCACGCCGCGUCAUUUCAUGGUGAUAGGAAGAUGAGCCGAGAAAUGAUCAGAUUUAGUUUCCGAACAACACGAGCACCAAGCCUACUGCUCUAUAUGAGCUCCUUUUACAAAGAAUACCUCUCCGUGAUCAUUGCCAAAAAUGGAAGUUUGCAGAUCAGAUACAAGCUGAAUAGAUAUCAAGAACCUGAUGUCGUCAGCUUUGACUUCAGGAACAUGGCAGAUGGGCAGCUUCACCACUUACAGAUUAACAGAGAAGAAGGAGUGGUCUUUGUUGAGAUUGAUGAGAAUACAAAGAGACAAGUUCACCUGUCUUCAGGUACAGAGUUCAGUGCAGUCAAAUCUCUUGUCCUGGGCAGGAUUUUAGAGCAGAGUGAUGUAGACCAGGAGACGGCGCUGGCGGGCGCACAGGGUUUCCUGGGGUGUCUGUCCGCAUUCCAGUUCAGCCAUGUGGUGCCUUUGAAGGCUGCUCUGCACCCCAGCCGCCCCGCCCCCAUCACUGUCUCGGGACACGUGGCGGAGUCCAGCUGUGUGGUCCCUGCUGGCACUGAUGCCACAUCGAGGGAACGGACACACUCCUUUGCAGAUCAUUCUGGAACAAGAGAUGACAGAGAACCCCUAGCUAAUGCAAUCAGAAGUGAUUCUGCAGUAAUUGGAGGUUUGAUAGCUGUUGCGAUCUUUAUCUUGCUUUGCAUCACUGCCAUAGCUGUUCGCAUUUAUCAGCAGAAAAGGUUAUACAAGAGAAAUGAGGCAAAAAGGUCAGAAAAUGUAGACAGUGCUGAAGCUGUUUUGAAAAGUGAGCUUAAUAUUCAAAAUACAGUCAAUGAACAUCAGAAAGAAUACUUCUUCUGAUGGGCCGCCACGACUUAACUCCUAGUCACAACGUCUGCUUGAAUAGCCAGGGGCCCUUGCUCUCCCCUGCGGCCCAGGCCGGGCUCUGGAGCAACGCCUCUCACCGAGUCUGGCCUCGAGACGGCUCCGGAAGACCUCCAAUGACACGGCCCCUUGGCAGCCACCCCAUAGCACAAGAAUUAGGUCUCGCUGUUAAUUUCCAACCAUUCUGACAUGAUCUUAAAUACAUCCACGUAGCUCGCCCGAUGACUUUGGUUUUUAAUUGUAAAAGCGGUAGCCCUAGUCUCUCAACCAUGUGACACCCAAGUUAUGUUAAGGGUAAACAUCGACACUGGGCUCUGAUGAUCUUGGUUAAAACAUGCUGUGUUUGCUUUAGUCUUCCCAUGUGUUAUUCAUGGACCUGGAGAUGCUCUGAGACCCGGUUUGGCUGGUGUCGGCCUCUGCAGUGGCCAAAAGUAUAUAAACGCCUUUGCCUCUCUCUUCUCUGUACUGCACUCAAUACAACUGAUCGAGUCUCGAAAGCUGUUCUGUUGUCAUUGGUUUGUUUGCUUUGCUCUUGGACUCUUAAUGAUUUUGAACAUGUUAGGUUUUGAGUGUCACGUCAGCUCUGAAGAUAAAAAUCCCUGUGUAACAAGACUCCCGAUGCAUUGCUUGUCAAUAUGUGAUGUCUUUGAAAUCCUUUCUACUUCAUUUGCUAGUGCGGCUUGGUAGAGGCAGUAGUUAAGAUCCUGAGUAAUGCCAAUUUCCCUCAGAAUGUGAAAUGUUUGCAGCUGAACUUGUUGAUGUAAAAAAUACAAUUCUCAGCACCGCAAAGGAAUUAUUUUUAUUUACAACAGUAAUAUCUCGAAUGAAAUAUACUUCAGAGUGUGUUUUCCCCAAACCUUAUGUCACUUUGCUUUAUAGGUUUAUAUUUCUGUCUUCCUAAAGUUGAUCACCAACUUUUCUUUGAUCUCCCUUGAUUAUAUUCCACAGAGCAUGUUCUUUUGUGUGAGAAAAAUAGAGACAAUUUGAAGUGCAAGCUCCCGUCUCCCUUCUAAAAUAUGUACCCCUUCAGGCGUCCUGGCCUCCAGGACAUGCUUUUUAAAAUAUUCGGCAACUGUGCCCACUUUCUGCAAAGCCAGUAACGUGAUUAAAGGCUGUUCACUCAGGAGGUGACACCUUACCUGACCUGUACUAAGUCUGUCCUUCCAUUCCAGUCACCUCUACUCUGUGACACUGAGGUAUCCCACCAACUAGUACAUGCUUGUUCUGCAAGGCUGCAGCUGUAGACCAGGAGAACACACAUUACCAGUAGCUGGAUAAACUGUUGCACUCAUUAAUUUUGAGGCCAUGUAAACAAGAGGCUUGCAUGUAGCUGUCUUCGAAUUCUUUAUGCCAAUUAUAUAAUAAAGGCACUUGGCUGUUUAUAAUCACACUUCUCAAGGGCCUGCCAAGAAAAAAAAAUUGGAUUCCUGAGUUUGUCUACAUCAGAAAAACUUGAAAACAUGUUAAUUCAGCAUCUUAUUUGCCGUACUUUUCUUCAUAUAUGCCCUUCCAAAACCUGCUGUCUGUUCUCAUAGCUCUGUAUCUGCGCUGAUGUCUGCAAAUGCCUGACUACACCUCAAGGCUACAGUUCAAGACAGUGUUUAUGAAGAACUCGUGUUGGUAGAUGCUACGCUAUUCUUUUUUUUUUUUUUAAUUAAAAGGCCUGUGUUGGCUGGGGAUGAAUCAAACACAGAAAAGUUGUUUUUUUUUUUUUAAUUUAAUGCAAAGCUGAAUACACACAUGAUAACUCUGAAUCUUUUGCAAGUGUUCAUGUUAUUUAGUAGCAGUUUUUGCCUGGUUGGGAGCCAGGAUGUGGACAGGUUUAUAGGUGGUGAAGCCUCGUAGUACUCUGUGGUCUGCACCGCAAAAAGCCGCAACAUCCUGGCAUGAAAACGCAUCAAUACAUCAUCUGCCUUGACUUUCAUUUCCUGAUUUGUAACCUGUUCGUUCUUUCUUUUUAAUAAAAUGCAUUUUUGAAGUAAAAUGCAGAAUAUAUUUUGAGAUGUUGUAUAAAAGUUUAAAAUUAGGGAUUUACUGGAUUUCUUUUCUUAAAACAGUAAAAGAUGUGUAGGUAUAUGCCUUC